AUGGCAGUGGAGAAAGAAAAAGCGCCGAGUAAACUUAGUUCGACUGAAACCUUUCUCCUCAGUCUUGUUGGUGGCGGUAUUGGUGCUUGUGCAGGAAAAACAGCACUUGCACCUAUUGACCGUGUAAAAUUACUUCUUCAAAACCAAGGUGAAAUGCUUAAACAAGGUACAAUCAGCCGACCCUACAGUGGUGCUAUUGAUUGUACCAUGCAAAUCUUCAGAAAUGAAGGUCUUAUCUCAUUUUGGCGAGGUAAUUUGGCCAGUUGUAUUAAAUACUUUCCCACCCAGAAUAAAAACCAUUCCUAUAUGGUUAAUUUUUCCAAAAACGUAGCAAGUGGUGGUGUAGCUGGUGCUUUAUCAUUAUGUUUUGUGUAUUCACUUGAGUAUGCGCGUACACGUUUAGCUAAUGAUGUUAAAAGUACAAUGAAAGGAGGUGGUGAACGUAAAUACAAUGGUCUUGUUGAUGUCUACAGAAAAACUUUGGCUACCGAUGGUAUUGUCGGUCUUUACCGUGGUUUUGGUAUUUCAUGUGUUGGUAUCUUUAUCUAUCGUGGUUGUUACUUCGGACUUUAUGACACAUUAAAACCAAUUAUACUUGGACCUGAUUCCGGUUUAAAGCUUUCUUAUUUACUUGGUUAUGGUGUCACACUUACAUCAGGUCUUAUUUCAUAUCCACUUGAUACUAUUCAACGACGUAUGAUGAUGACAUCAGGUCAAGCAGUUAAAUAUAAAGGUGCAAUGGAUUGCAUGUUCCAAAUCAUACGAAACGAAGGUACAAUAGCCCUAUUUAAAGGAUUUGGUGUCGUUAUUUUCAGAAUUAUCCCUAGUGCUGGUCUCUUACCUGCUUUCGAUAAACUAGUCCAACUUUAUAUUGGCGUCAAACCUGAUACUAGGGGUGGUGGUUAA